AUAAGGUUUGGAAGCAUCUGUGCAUUUUCACUUUUCAUGUAUAGGCCUAUACCGUUAAUUUAAGCUUUUAAAUGUUCAUGAUUUGUGUGCUUUUAAUCUUAGUUCUGGAUAUAAAACUCAUAGGUUUACAAAGGCAGCCUAAUUCAGAUCUUUUGUGAAUUAGGCUGCCUGUGUGAACGUAGCCUAUGAGACACACCUUCCAAAUGACAUUUUUCUUUCUCUUGAAGAGAAUGUUCUGACAACCUGACUGAACAUCAUUCAAGGCAUGCUACCUCAUGCCCUUAUUCAACCUGAUGACUUGAGAGAGACCAACAGGUACCCUCCCUCUUUAAGAUAAUUAGCUAGGCAAUCAAUUAGUCAUUGUACACCUGUGUUUUCCUAAAUUGAACUACCCUUCCACUCCACACACUCUGUCAAUGAGGCCAGUGUGUAUGCAUGGACUUCUAAUCAAAACAAUGUUUAUGAAAUGACCAUCAUGUGAAAUGAUAAUGAAACAUGCAUCAGCCCUGGUUAAAAAUCAAUGCAAACAGGUAAUGUGGGGAUAUUCGCAGGUAAGAAACAAGCCAUUGUCUAUAUAGUUGACGGUCAAAACUGGUUUCAUUUUAAUAGUUGUAGGCCUUAGGCCUAGUAUUUCCUUAUAUAUUAAUUGUCAGAAAUACAGGCACGAUGCACACAGAGAGCCAGUAGCAUGGCUCAUCUCUUCAUUGUUGAUGGUUUGCCAACAAGAAAACAAAAGCGAGGCGGCAGAGUUGGGGGCUCGCUCACUUUUAAUGAAGAGAUAAGUUAAGCGGAAAGAUAUUGGACCUGACAGAUCUGUAAUCAACAGAUUACUUAUACAGGACCGUAUUACACAAUGGAGAAGAGGAGAGCAGGGAAAGAGAAAAAAAGGGGACCACCCGCCCUUCUUUCUCUCUUUCCCUCUCUCUAUCCAUAGUUCAGCUGUUAAAUCACCAACCAGUACAAUCAACAAUCACUGAGUGACCAUUCAAUGCCACUCUCUCCAGCUCCAAGCUCCCCAUCAACACAGUUUCCCUGUAUGGAAUGCUCUUGUCAUCACUCAGAGAGAAACUGUAAAACCAUCAUGGCUCCAAAGAUGAAUCUGGGCUGAUCUGCCAAACUGCGGUUUAGGAGAAGCUCACCAAUCGAAUGCAGUGAGAACCUUGAUGACUCUACUACCUGUGGAUGAGGAUGCGGUCUACACUCUCUCUCUGUGGAGGAGAAGGGGAGGGCAGGGGCCUGAAAGCCCGGGUAGGCAGGAUGAAGAGACUGCUGUGCCUUCGACACACCCACCGUGUGGACGUCCUGACGGACAUGGAGCCGGGGCUCUGGCUGAGGCGCUUCCAGCUGCUGGACGCAGAGGUCACUGAGGACCCAGUGCAGGAGUGGGGGGAGGAGGUGGAAGAGGGGGCUGUGUUCGGCAUAACGCUAUGUAGGGAGCCUGUGCUCCCCAGCCCCUCCACCCAGGACCCCUCAGAGCCUCUCACUAUGUCCCCGUCGACUCCAUCGGCUUUCAACUUCAUCCAGUACCACACAGUGAAGGUGCGUCGGUUGAAAGCGGGGACCCUGGAGCGCCUGGUAACCCACCUGCUGGACUCAGAACACCAGGAAUCUGACUAUGUCAGAGUGUUUCUGUCCACCUACAGAACCUUCACCACCACCAACACACUCAUAGAACUGCUCUUCCAGAGGGAUGAUAUGAUUGCCAACCUGGACAACACAGUCUGCCCAAGGAGCACCCUGGUGCCCCUGAUCAGAACCUGGCUAGAGGAACACAGGGAGGACUUCAGGGAACCCCCUCGGCACCCCUCCCUGAGGCUACUCUGUUUCCACCUCCGCCACCGCCUCGCCUUCCGUCGCCUGGCACAAACAGCUGAGACGCUGCUCAAAAAGCUCCAGGAAGAAGAUCGCAUUAGUCUGCAUCAGUCUGCACCAAUAGGCAAUAGUGAUUGUCAGCAGAAAGAGGAGGGAUCAGGAGAGGAAGUACCGAAGGAGGCGACUGGAGACUUUAUGGACUUCCCUGUCAUAGACGUGGCAGAGCAGCUGACACGAUUGGACGCUGACCUCUUCAUCAAGGUUGUCCCGUUCCAGUGCCUGGGCUGUGUCUGGUCUCAGCGGGACAAGAAGGAGAGCCGCAACGUGGCGCCCACCGUCCGCGCCACCAUCGCCCAGUUCAACGCUGUCACCAACCGGGUCAUCACCUCCCUGCUGUGCUCCUCGUCAACGUCUCCGAUCUCUGUCUCCUCCUCAACCCCGAGUCCAUCUAUGGCCCCUAGCUCCCCUCUCCUCCCCCACACCAGCCCCACCCUCAGGGCCAGGGUGAUAGAGUGGUGGAUCUCCAUAGCACAGGAGUGCAGAACGCUGAAGAACUUCUCCUCUCUGAGAGCCAUCCUGUCAGCCCUGCAGUCCAACGCUGUGUACCGCCUCAAGAAGACCUGGGCUGCCGUCAACAGGGAUUGUAUGGCCUGUUUCGACCAGCUGUGUGAGACUUUCCCAGAUGAGAACUGUGUUCUGACCAGCAGAGAGAUCCUGGUGGAGGAUGGCAGCCAGCCGGAUGACAACGCCACCCCCAAGUCACCCCAGCUGUGCCCCAUGUCUAAACAGAUGAGCCCUACCAGUGGUGUAGUCCCCUACCUGGGCACCUACCUGACAGUCCUCACCAUGCUGGAUACUGCACUCACAGACACAGUAGAGGGUGGCCUCAUUAACUUUGAGAAACGUAGACGGGAGUUUGAGAUCCUGUCUCAGAUCGGCCAGCUGCAGGCGUUCUGCUCCUGCUACAGCCUCCCGGUAGACCAGACCAUCUCAGCCUGGCUGCAGAACCACACCAUGCUCAAUGACCAGGAGAGUUAUGAGCUGUCCCGCGCUCUGGAGCAUCCGGUCGACCCUUGUCCAAACUCGCCCUCUUCCUGGAGCCAGCGCCUGCUCAACAAGAAGCUUGCCUCGUUGCUGUCGGGCACUGAUGUCUCCAGCAGAAGGACCCAUUCAGACCAGCUCAGUGUGUCAUCAUCAGGCUCCAGUGGUUCUGAGAUGGAGGAUCUGUCCUCACCACAGCCCUCUCCUCUCAGCGUCAAACUCAAGUCUCUGUCAGGCUCACUCCACAACGUGUCUGAAGGCCUCUCCUCCAACACCUCCCCCACUCCCUCCAACGCCUCCUGCAGCUCCUCCCAGCCCGACCUCUCUUACUCCUCUACGGCCAUGAGCCCUGACUGCUCUUCCUCCUCCUCCUCCUCCUGUUGCUCCUCCUCCUCUCCUCCGUGCUCUAAACCCGUCUAUAACAAGCAGGUAGCUGACUCCUGCAUCGUGAGGGUCAGCGUGGAGUGCGGCAACAACGGCAACGUCUAUAAGAGCAUUCUGCUGACCAGUCAGGACCACAGUCCCCAGGUGAUCCAGAGGGCCCUGGACAAACACAACCUGGAGAACAUGAGCUGUACAGACUUCAGCCUCACACAGCUGCUGUCCCAGGACAAAGAACUCCAGAUCCCUGACAAGGCCAACGUGUUCUACGCCAUGGCCACCUCGGCCAACUACGACUUUGUCCUCCGCCAGCGCUGGAGGAGCCACAGCAGACGCCUGGGCGCUUCUUCUAGCCCCGGGGCCCAGGCCAGGGGACGCCACGCCAAGUAGACGGCACCACAGCUCCACCUCCUAGUCUGGAGGGAGAACUACAGCAAAAGAAAAGGGUGGAAAUGGAAUUGUGCCCCACUGGAACCAUGGUGUAUUCACUGUAUAUGUGGACAGUAACUGAGCUAGCUGCUGAUGCUUGGUAGAAAUGCACAUUUAAGCCUUUCAUUGGCCACAGCCUGAGAACUUGCAUUGUGAACACCAUUAUGAAGCUUCUGCACCAGGAUGUGGUUGACUCAUCAUUGGAAAGGAGAUUAUUUUGAUACUCAUGGAUUCAAGGAUGGGACUAGAUGCAUUCCAGGAGGUUCCAUAUUGAAGGAUUGAAAACCAAGAGAGAUAUGCCAAGAGGUGCCGUUUUGAGGGGAUAAGUAUGUGGAGGUGUGUACUCAGAGAUUGAAACUGAACAGGUGAAUUGAAGUGACGCAAGCAGACAUUAUGUGGCCUUAUAACCACUUCGGUGGAUUUAAGCCAUAUGGAUGUCAAUGGAAGACAUGAGAAAUCAACCACAACCAUUUUUUAUUUUCUACACAAGACUAACACCAGCUAAUGUCAACAAAUAUACUAUGGCACUUUAGAAUGUUGACCAGUGUAUCUAACCAACACUCCAAAUGCACUGCACGUCAUUAAUUUAGCUCCGAACAGCUAAGACUAUUAUCAACACAAGUGACUAUGCAUCUACUUAUUUGUAAAGAAAAGGAACCUGGAGGAAGGAAAUCUUCCCUUCUACUCUAAAUAGGUGUGUUAUCUUCCAACAGAAAGGGCAUGCAUGUCAUUUACCCUGGGUCGUUGGAAGUGUCCAACAUGAUUGAGUGGGGUGUGUAGGUCUCACAUGAUGCAGUCUGUAUGGGCUGAGGGGAUGACCAUUCACAUGGUCCACACCCCUUGGUGCACGGUCCUAACAUUUCAGAAAGUGAGGAAGGAAAGGUGCGUUUAAGUAUUGGAGCAGGGUGUGUGCUAUAGGCUUUUGAUAUAUUUACACAGACCGAGACAGAAAUUAAUAACAGUAGAUAUGAUAGUGUUAUUAGCAAUAUGUAUAUAGACCAGAUCGUUUCAGUAAUUAUUCUCAAUGCUAUGUUGCGUUUCAUCUUUGAGCGAGGGGAUUUUUUUAAUUUUUUACAAAUUAUAACGUGAUGUUAUUUGUAAUUUGAGUGAUUUGUUCAAUGGAGGGAGGGGCAGUGCCUGGUAAAUGUACAGUAUGUUUAAUGUCUUAACUAUAAUGGGAAGAUGGCACUUUAAGUCUCUUAUCAGACUGUUAUUUUGAAUGUCAAAUGAAGGAUAUAAACAGUGUACAGAACAUUAAGGACUCUUUCCAAGACUGACCAGGUGAAAGAUAUGAUCCCUGAUGUCACCUGUUAAAUCCACUUCAAUCAAUAUAGAUGAAGGGGAGGAGACAGGUUAAAGGAUUUUUAAGCCUUGAGACGUGUAUGUGUGCCAUUCAGAGGGUGAAUGGCAAGAUACGAGAUUGAAAUGCCUUUGAACAGGAUAUGGUAGUAGAUGCCAGGCACACCUGUUUGAGUAUGUCAAGAACUGUUACGCUGCUGGGUUUUUCACGCUCAACAGUUUCCUGUGUGUAUCAAGAAUGGUCCACCAACCAACUUGACAUAACUGUGGGAAGCAUUGGAGUCAACAUGGGCCAGCAUCCCUGUGGAAGGCUAUCGACACCUUGUAGAGUCCAUGUGCCGAUGUAUUGAGGCUGUUCUGAGGGGAAAAAAAGAGGUCGCAACUCAAUAUUAGGAAGGUGUACGUGACCACAGGCUUUCUGAAGAAAUGUGGAGGAGGGAGAGGGUUUCCCCCAAACAAUGUCUGAUAAUACCCCCCCCCGUGGUUAAAACAGGCCCAUUUGAUUUCAGUGGGGACAUAACUACAUGAGAAUGGCUAUUGAAUGUGGAAAGACACAGAAUGUGAUGGUGUUAUUUAUGGUGAAUUCAUUAACCAGUGUGAGGGCAGUGGGUGGUUGGUAAAUGUGGGUAUUGCUGAUAGUGUUGUGAAGUGUAGAACUGUUUACAAGUCAGAUGGGGAGACAACAGAGAACAAGCAUGAAUUGACCUUUUGUGCUGCUUAAGAUUUAGCUGAAACUCCUAUCAGUGUUUUAUUCACAGAGCCAUUUGUCGUGUGUGUACUUUACUAAACUUGUGAGGACCCGAAGUCCUUACUAGAAUAGUAAACCAACAAAACUUCAGAGAAAUGAUGACAUUUGGCCGGUCCUCACUUAUAAAAGGCUAUAUUAGGGUUAAGGUUUGGGGUUAGGGUUAGGGAAAACAGGAUUUUGAAUGGGAAUCAUUGUUGGUCCUCACAAGUAUAGUAAGACAUAGUUGGGUGUUUUAAUUCAAGCACUUUUCUUUCAAUGUAAUUUUGUUUUAAACUAUGGGAUAUUAAUUAAUAAAGAUUAAUAUACUCAACUCAUGUUGACUUUGCAUUAUAUCUUACGCACUAGUCACCUAGUCCAUGCUAUUUAUCACCUAGUCCAUGCAAAAAAUAUAGCUUUAUUUUACAUGAUAGUUGUGAUAGGGUAGGAACAUCAGUUUUGGUCAGUCUUUCCCCUGGGACUAUAAAUAGGGAGGGACCGGUUAAAAAGUAAACAAAAAAAAGCAUCCCUUAGACCUAUGCAGGUGAGCAUUUUUGUACCUAUAGUUUCAAGAGACUGUGUGGUGUCGUUGUUAUGCUGUGUUGAGAACCAUUUGGAGAGCCAUGCUGUUUGAAGAAAUGUUUUGGGUGUGGUAAGGUAAUUGCACUGUGUGUUUACUUCGAUUGUUAGUGUUUGAGUCUGUCAGACUAUUGCAUUAUUUAUUGCUUUCAGUUAAAAUACAUUACUGUCACUGCAGUAGUAUCUUUGUUUUGAAGUUUAUUCUGUUUUAUAGAGAUGUGAUAUUGAACCUGUCCUCUAAGCGUUGAAUAAAUAAUGUAUGACAUUU